AAAUGUAAACUAUGGGUCAGAAAAUAGACCUAUGCUGAAAGUCCACAGUGAGUUUCGGCGUUAUCUAGGACGUUUUCUGAGUACCUCCAACGCCAACAUGUCGGUGGGUUACAGCGUUCAGGGGUCGGUGGCUGUCUUAGAAGUGAACAAUCCACCUGUCAACGCACUUAGCCAUGGUGUUCGGCUUGGUUUGAAGACGGGAGUGGAGCGAGCAUCCAGAGACAGAAAUGUCCGAUCUGUGGUCAUUAUUGGUAAAGGCCAGACAUUUCCAGCUGGUGCUGACAUCAGGGAAUUUGGCAAACCAAGUAAAGAGCCCUGGUUGACAGAUGUAGGAAUAGUGAUUGAGGCAUCCCCUAAACCUGUGGUGGCAGCCAUUCAUGGUACCUGUUUGGGGGGUGGGCUGGAAGUAGCUCUCUUCUCACAUUACCGUAUAGCUGUACCCUCUGCAAGAGUAGGAUUCCCAGAGGUAGCACUUGGGCUUUUACCAGGGGCAGGGGGAACCCAAAGGUUGUCAAGGCUGACGGGGUUACCUGUUGCUAUGGAUAUGAUUUCCUCAGGUCGCCAUGUUCCUAUUAAAAAAGCCAAGGAGUACGGGAUCAUUGAUGAAAUUGUGACAGGAGAUUUAAUGAAGGCAGCAUUAAAGUAUAGUCAAUCAGUUCAAGGUCGUCCCUUCAAGGACAGAUGUCUGAGGUUUAAGAUGGUGCCCAAUGCUGACAAAGUGGAGGAAUACACUUCAGUGGCCAUGGCUCAAGUCAAGAAAAAAUACAAAGGAUAUGAAGCCCCAGUGGCCUGUGUACAGGCAGUGAGGGCCUCGGCAGAACUUCCAUAUGAGGAGGGAAUGAAGUUAGAGAGGGAGCUCUUUAUACAGCUACAAGGCUCGGGGCAGGCCAGGGCCCAACAGUACGCUUUCUUUGCCGAGAGAGCUGUGUCCAGGUGGAUGAUGCCUGGGGGUAGUUAUAAGACAGCUAAGCCCCUCCCCGUAAGGAGUACAGCUGUGAUUGGGGCGGGUACAAUGGGGUCAGGGAUAGCCGUCUGUCUACUGAGUGCAGGUCUUCCUGUGUAUCUACUGGAACAGAAUGAAAAGUUUCUGAACAAUGGAGUGAAGCUGAUAGAGAAUAUCAUGUCUGGUAGUGUGAAGCUUGGAAAGGUUUCCAUGGAAACGGCUAAAAAGGCAUCCACUUUGCUGAAACCGACACUGAAUUACAGUGAUCUUAAGGAUGUAGACCUGGUGAUAGAGGCAGUGUUUGAGAAUUUAGAUUUAAAGAAAGAUGUGUUCUCCAAGUUAGACAAACUCUGUAAACCAUCAGCCAUUCUGUGUACCAACACAUCUACGAUAGACAUUGAUAGGAUAUCCACAGCGACCUCUCGGCCGGAUAAAGUCGUGGGGACACAUUUCUUUGCCCCGGCUUAUCACAUGAGACUGCUGGAGAAUAUAUAUGGAACUAAAACAUCACCGGACACUGUAGCUACUGUUAUGAAGCUGGGGAAAACCAUCAACAAGGUUCCAGUUUUGGUGAAGAGUUGCCAUGGUUUCUUGGCCAACAGAAUGAAUUCCCCCUUUAACACUGAGUCUUUAUUUUUGGUGGAAGAGGGUGCUAGCCCACAGGAAAUAGAUCAGGUGAAUGAAGAUUUCGGAAUGCCAAUGGGGCCCUUCAAGGUCCGCGAUUUAUCAGGGAUAGACAUCGGCUGGAGAAUCAAUAGAGAGGUUGCUAAGGCACUGGGUACCACAAUCACCAAGGAGACAAGAUUCCUGGGUGGCAACAGAUACUGUGGAUUAAAUGAUGACUUCUUUGAGAAAGGGAGAUAUGGACGGAAAACUGGUAAAGGUUGGUAUUUGUACGAAAAAGUAGGUGGGAAAAUUCCAACAGUGGAUUCAGAGACAGAAGAAAUCAUAAACAACUACAGACAAAGAAGAGGCAUCGUAAAGAGAAAGAUUACCCCGCAGGAAAUUUUUGAAAGGCAAUUCUAUUCGUGUAUCAAUGAGGGGUUUAGGAUUCUGGAAGAGGGAAUAUGUAAUACACCAGAAGAAAUUGAUAUUUCAUGGAUUUAUGGAUUUAGUUUUCCUAAGUACAGAGGUGGACCAAUGUUUUACGCCAGUCAAAUUGGACUGAAGAGGGUUUAUGACAGAAUAUGUCACUAUCAUGAAACAUGUCCCUACAGUAUUCACUGGGUUCCUAGUCGACUCCUGAAGAAACUGGCAGAAAACGAGGUUCCUUUCUCUCAGUGGGUUAAUCAUGUAGCCAAGAGCAAAAUGUGAACGAGUAGAGCAAAAUGUGAACUAUGAGUAUUACAUAUAAACGUAAACCUUAUUAGCAACCAAAAACAGCUUAACAUUGAUUGAGUGUAUUUUAGAAUACAAGAGAGUAAUAAUGUGUUAUAAGAAUAAGGUGAAUUCAAGGCAUCUAUAGUAACUCAAGAGAGAUUUUUUUGACUCGGAAAUGAUUACAGCAUAACCCCCAAUAUUUGUGCAAUCACCAAUAUGUGCUUACAAUGAAUUGUAUAAAUGAGUUUUAUGUUAAAUGAGUAAUGUUCGUGUUUGUGAUAUUUGAUUGCCAUAAAAUGGCAGAACUGUUGAUUUUUAAUAAAAACAAUU